UAUUUAUAUUAUAAUCGCGAGGAGCAACAGUCACGACCUUACUUGAACAGGAUCUGUUCUAUAGGAUCGUACUACUGUGUCCUUAUAUUCUAAGGAGACAGGAACCUAAAUCUGGUGGAUGAAUCAUGACCGUCGAUCAGAGCGUGAUUAACGGUUCUGUGAUGGGAGCUUUGGCUGACCAUUGCAGUUGGCUGUAGAGGAUCGUUCUCAGCUUCCCUUGUGAUCUGAGAUGGUCGCACGGUUGUCUGACAGAUUUCAACCCUUUUUUUCGUUGUCGUUCGUUUUGAUUCCAUUCGAUUUCCGGUGAAGGACCGCUUCUUUCAGCUGGGUCGCCUCCGUGUCCAGAACGUCGUCGUCAAAACACACGACCAUCAUAUAGGAAUUUGCUUUUUGUCCAACUUAGCAUUUUCUGUUUGGGGAAGAAUUUGCGUGAGCAUGUUUUGGAGGAGUAGGAUCAGAAUUUCCCUGAUGAGGUCGAAACUUUCGGAGAGAGCCGGUCUGGUUUCGCUAUUGGUUUUUCAUCAAUAGCACAGGUGGAUACCAAAGGUAGAGCCCGCAGGUUACCUGUAAAAGCUGAUAUUCGCAGAGCAUUAUGCUUUCCCGGUGGUUCAACUCUGAUGGUUUGCCAUCUAACUUCUAAGGAAUGAAUUGUUAGACGACAAUGCUAACUCUGGGAAGUCUCUCCCCUCACUACCUCAUCAGAAUUCCUCUACACCCGCAAUUGUUGAAAAUGAACAGCUUGAAUUUUCUGGGGAACUACUCAUUGAUUUGAAAUCUUCCCAUAGAACAGACACAAAUCAAAGUCAACCUAAAGGCUUUGGUAAAAGGUGGAUCUUCAAGCGGAUAUGGAAAACUUAGUGGUAAUUUUUUUCUGGAAUUAGAAAAAAAAAAGAUUUGACAGUCACAAAUCUAAGAACUGCUGCAACUGCAACGACCCUGCUCCUUCGCUUGGAGGAUGACUUACCGGACUAAAUCUCAAAUGAGGUUUCAAAAGCAGUGGCACAAGACCCUUCUGCGAACCAUAAAAAUAAUUCUAAGAAUUUCAGCUCUGAAGAAAGAGGUAAAAGAAAUCCUAUUCAGUUGCGUGAUUAUAAUGCUUGCUCUUUGGUUAAUAUAUUUUGUAGAACAUGAGUUUGUGCUGCUUAGUCCUAAAGAUGUUGAUGUUAUUAGCAAAUCCUACCUUCAGGAAGUAUUACAGAUGUAUAUGGCAGAGCUACCUGGAAUGAGUUAUGCUGCAAAUACUGGAAAGCAAUCGAAGUUUCUUGAGAGAUGUGUGACUAACGGGAAAUAUCGAACACUACUUCUGAAAUCUAGUUCAGCUGGAGAUUCAGGAAAGGUUAUAGCUGCAAUUACUUAUCAAAUCAUCCCUGCAGAUACAGAAUAUGCUGAGAUCCCACUUGCAGCUGUCAAUGCAAUCUAUCAACAGAAGGUUAUUAGUGGACUCGAAAAAGUAAAUGAAACAUCAACAACAUUCUUUGUGACAUGCGAAGAAGAUAUAGAAGAAGCAAUGGUGACUUCAAAGAAAGGUAUAAGGACUUUCAGUAGUGAGUGGUUUAUGAAUUGUGUCAUGAGACAAGGGCUUGACUUGGAAGCCUCCCAAUUUGCAGGGUCCUUAUAAGGAUGUUAACAUGUCUUUUGAUGUUUGGUAUAUAUGAAUAUCUCUGUAAUAAGGACUAAAUCUCAAAUGAGGUUUCAAAAGGUACUGUAAUAAGGCAUAUGUUGGAUAUUGCAAUGAUUUUUUGGUUGGAUUUAGAAAUUGCUUGCAAAAGUAUUCAUUUUUAUCCAAACAUUAGCCAUUUCAGCAAGUA